CCACGAACAGCGCACAAAAGCACCGCGAAAGCUCGCUAACUUAUUUGGCCGGCAACAAUCCAAAAUAAACAAACCCCGGCGAGACACCGCAUUGAAGCUUUUUGUUCAUUUUGUUAUUCUCCCAAUUUUCCAAUGUAGCCCGUUUGUUUAAUACGUUACCUUUUGGUUUUUUACCUAUCAUAACAUUUACCGUUUCAGUUGGUUCCUUUUUUUUAUUACUGCCUGUAAAACCAACCUUUUCUUCGGGUCAAGAUCGUGUCAUUCUUUUAAACGUUGUCGCGGGAAUAAGAAACAUGGCUUUCAGAAAGUCCAUCGGCAAGUAUAGCGGCGGACAGAGUGCCGCGUAAGCAAUUAAAACGAGGUUCUACACGGUGUUUGAGAUCAAGAAGUGCUCCGCUCAAAAUGCAAAUAAAAGGUUCAUUGUACUGCAGACUGGAUGAACCUCUGCGAAGUUACAGGCAACGAUAGAUAUCCUACUUUCGUGAAAGUAACUCCGCAGAAAUAUGGGGUGAUGGCGAGAACGUUAUAACGGAGGGGCUCCGCACGGCCUUAGCCCGACUGCGACAGAGAUCUACACCCCCGGCCAGCCAAACAUCUCCCAUCCACCAACCUGCCAGCCCUUCAUCGCACGGCGCAGCACCGGAAGGCAGCUGCAAUUCCAACAGCACCUCUUCCCCAAACGCACGUUCCUCCAGGAUGACCGUCAACUCGCAGUCGGGCCCUAGAUCCCCCCGACCCCCCGAUGACCUCAUCACCACUGCCACUUCGGCCCUCAGAAGACUUAACUUUAAAACUGGCAGAUGUGCUACUAAAAAUACUACAACAAAAACCCAGGGUCAAAAUGUUCCAAAGGUGGUCGUUAUGGGUUCGAGUACAGCAUCAGAAACCACAAUCAAUACCAGUACAGACAGUAAUAACACAAUGGUAACAACAAUAACAGCUACCGAUGGUGAAGUAACAGAAGAUAGCCUGGAUAUGAACGAACCGAUCGAUAUUUUAAACACCGAAAAUGUUUUAGAGGGUAAUUCAACUCAUCCCAUUUUACAACCGAUAACGUUAAGCCCGACACCGCCACAAACAGGAGACAUACAAAAAACUCCGGCAACAGCAAAACUAAACACUAAAUUUAAUUUUGAAUUGGAUCAUUGUGUAGAUGAGAAACGAAGGGAAUCGGUACAUUACGAUCAAAUAGAGGCGAUCCGUAUUGAUGCCAGAAGAAGGAACAGCUAUAAAGCGGCAGCUCAAGGUGAUUUUGAUAGAAUUGAAGUGUAUCAAGAUGAAGAAAGAAGACCGAGCUAUCGAUUCAGAAAUGGGGAUUUUGACGGUAAUCCUGGUGAUUCUCCUAAGUCAAAAGUUUGUGGUAAAAAACAUCAGUCACCAAGUCAUCAUCAGAAAGAUAAUAAUAAGUUUAACUACGACGAAACGCACAUCGCCCGGUAUAACGAGAAGUCUCGAAUGACUCCUCCGUUGCCGGACUUGAGAGUGGACUUCUUCAGCGAAUCCGUGGACGGUUGCCAAGAACAAACACUGUUGGCUCCUGGACAUUCAAUGGAAAAAAGGGGCAGCGUAUGUCUGAAUAAAUGCCUGCGAGAAGUGGGAGCACAGCUUGAAGCCAACGUAUCUACGUCUCCUAUAAAUGUUACCACAAAUCCGUUGGAGAACCCAGUUCAUUUCGGCGGAAGGAAGCAACCACAAGCCACUAUUGUUGUUCAACAACCUUCGUUAAGUUUAGAUCAAGCUAACGUGUCGACGAUCUUGCUGAGAAACGGUAGUGAAUUUGUGUCGAACGUUGAGAGUGCCCCUAGUGGAAAAUUAAGUAAGAAGCAAAAAGAGGAAAAUAUGAAGCAAUUACUAGACGUAGCGGGAAAUCUUACAGUCGAGGAAAUUCACGACUUCGAAAAGAGAUACGGCAGUCCUCACCACAACAGAUCCCAGUCGGUGAAGACCCCAGGGAGAUCGAGUGGAAGGCCAAACUACCUUUGUUUACCUCAACAGCGGUCUCGUGUGGCCUCAAUGCCAAACACCGGGGUCGAAGAGGAAUAUUACAGGCUCCGACAUUUCUCCAUAACAGGCAAAGGGGUUGUUAAUAGAGGAGAUAGUUUAAAAAGCAGGAGAUCACGUUCAAACAAUUCCGUUGCUUCCAGUAACUCAAGCACGGAGCAACUUCCGGGAGCCGUUUCAGGCGUGGCGUCCGCUAGAACGUCGGCGUCGUGCAGUUUGGCAUCCUCAAGGGAAUCUUCGACCAGCGUAGGACCUCUUCCCUAUAAGGUUUUGAUGUUGGGAGCACCUGCAGUUGGAAAAUCCUCGCUGGUUUCACAGUUUAUGACAUCGGAGUUUCUACAAGCUUUCGACACGAGUAUUGACGACGACAGCGGUGAACGUUCAAUAUCCGUUUUACUGGCCGGUCAAGAGUCGGAAUUGAUGUUCGUCGAUUAUGCCACCGCCGACAUGUCGCCUGAUAGCAUAAUAUCAAAAUACAAUGAUCCACAUGCAUAUUGUGUGGUUUAUUCAAUCACAGAUCGAGAUAGUUUAGAAUGUUCCGAAAGAAUUUUACAAACCUUAUGGACAAUGGACGCAAUAAGCACAAAAGCCGUUAUUCUGGUUGCGAACAAAGCAGAUUUAGUCAGGUCAAGGGUUAUUCCGGAAGAUGAGGGAAAAGCAAUGGCGACAUCAUUCGAUUGUAAAUACAUUGAAACGUCAACAGGGAUAAACCAUAACGUGAAUGAGCUCUUGGUGGGCAUCCUUACCCAGAUAAGACUAAAACUAGAGAAUCCGGAGAAGACGAGAGAUUUGUUCCGGAAGAGAAGCUGUUCGAAAAGGAACAUAAAUCGGAACAAAUCGCCCGCAUCGGCCACUGGGACACCAUCUGGAAGUGCACAAAAUUCACCGAAAAAAUAUAGAGGGUCGAGGACAUCAGCUAGUCUCAAAGUCAAGAGUUUGCUGGGACGUGUUUGGGCAAGAGAUAGUAAAUCAAAGUCUUGCGAGAAUUUACACGUUCUAUGAAUUUAUUUUUUACGUUUUUUGCAUUUUAUUCCAUGGUGAUUAUUUUAUACAUAAAAAAAACCUAAGCUAGUCAUUUGAAAUUAUAAUUAUCAGAAGAAAACUUCGAUUAUUCCGCGGAAAGCUUCGUAAUUUAAUCAAAGUUAAAUCGCCGGAAAUUCUUAAGGGGUCCAUCUAGUAGCGACGUAGUUAACAUGUACGCUUAUAAUCUUUCUCGAGAGAUGGCCCCACAUCCUCUUCCUAUACAUUUUCAAAACUUGAAACAUUUUUUAUCAAAGCUUUUCCGUCCUGAACACAACAACCGAAGCUUUUCGUUUGAUUUAUUAUGAAUAAUCGAGGUUUGCAAUUCGUACAACAUAUUGUGAUGAAAAGUUUUAAAUUUAUUACUAUUAUUUAAUUUAAUUUAUUAAGAUUAGUUCGUACUUAAGAUUUUUACGGUUUAAUUACGCAUUUUUUGUAUAUGAAAAAAAAGUGUGAUAGAAUCCUUACUUACUAAAAAAAAUAUAUACAUAUUAUAUGAUUUUUGGUAAUGUUGUUCGUUACCAUGUUAUAUUUAUAAAAUAGAUUUUAAGACGUGUGUUAUUUUUUAUAUAUUCUAACCGUUUAACAAUUUUUAUAUAAAUGAAAAUAUAAGGUUUUUAAUAGUCGAUAUUCUUAUUUUAACAGUUUUUGAAUUUACUAAUAUUUUUCUUUAAAAUAAUCAAAUUUUUGUAUGCGCUGAAAUUUUCAAUUAAGAAAUGGAAACGGUUGCUUUAAAGAUAUGAAUAUUUUAGGUGUAUAAAAGCUUAUAAUUAAAAUAAAAGAAUAAAAAAGUGUUGUACCUUGGGACGCAUAUAAUUUAGAACAGGCGUUUUCGUUUUAUGUGGUUAUAAAAGAUAAGGAAACAUUUUCUUUUGUCCUAAAAUAUACGAGUUCCAAGAUAUGAGAUUUUCCCCUAAACUAGGUACAUUUACAAAAAACAAUAUUUUACUAAUUAGAAUUAGUUCAUAAACCCAAGUGGAAUAAUUAAAAAUGUACUGAUUUAUAAAUCUUAAGUUAAUCGAGUGUUGUAUUCAUGGUAUAAUCGAUUAGAAAGAAAAGUUAGCUUCAAUAGACAGAUCGGUUUCUAGUUUUACAAGGUUCUAAAGAGAUUUUCUUUUAUGCAGGUUUCUAUUAAUAUUAUUAUACAGGUGUCUCUACAAAACAUUCACAAAUUUCAAAAUGCUAAUUUUAACCCUGACGUAUAAUUUUGGUAACAUUUACUAAUCACACGUCUCCCAAAUGGCAACUUUAAAAACAAUGAAAAUCAAAUUUUUCUAUUUUGUAGGCGGUGUAUGUAAGUAAAUUGCUGGUUUUAAAGCGUCUUUCUCAAUAAGGUAACUAUUGAAAUGUAAGCCCUUUCGUGAAUUCUGAACUUUCAAUUUCUUUAUUGUUUUUAUAGGUAUACAGGUAUGAGGUCUAGUACACGAGUAUUUGCAGUAUCGUUCGUUGAGGUACGUAGUAAGCUACCAUAUCUGAUUCACCACUUCUCUUGUCUGUAGAUUUUCGAUGCUGCAUUGAUAAUAACAAUAUUACGGAUUUAUAUAUUCUUCUUCAUGUUCUUUUCUCUCUUUCUCUGUAAACCAUAGAGGUUGUUGUUCCUGAUAAGGUCUGUCUAUAAAACAUCUCCUGAGAAGUUGAUUGCCAGCUAUCUCUUCAUGUCUUUGGUGGUCUGGUUCCGGACGAAUUAUUUGAAGCACAAUUUUCGGCAGUCUGUUAUCUGGCAUUCUACGGACUUGGUUGUGCCAAAAUUCCUAGCGCUGUCUUCUUCAUCUCACACGCAUCUCUGAUAUCGGAGUUCUUAACUGAGUCUCUGGACUUACCUAAAAUUGUCUUCAUUUCUGCAACUCUUAAUAUGCUCUUAGUUUUGUGUGUGCCUUCGCGUAUUUCACUAUGUAGAUCAUCAUUUCUUAUGUACUUUGGGAAACUGUGAGUACAACCAAGUAGGUAAACUCCAUUACUUUUUCGAUGAGCUUAUAUAUUGUUGGCUCCAUUACUAAAACCAUGUAUUUAGUUUUUGAAGUAGAGAUAGCAAUGUUCAUGAUUUACAUCGCUUAAUAAACCCUGUCAAGAUGUUUUGCCGGUCAUCCUCUGAGUAUACAGAUUUUCCUUUGACCCAUUUUAUAUCGUAUCUGUUAUCUGGCAUUCUACGGACUUGGUUGUGCCAAAAUUCUUAGCGCUGUCUUCCUUAACCCCCCCAUAUCCAGAACCUAGUCCUUACAAUGUCGUCACAUUGAUCUCUGAUAUAGUAGUUCUUAAUGGUGUCUCUGGUCUUUCCUGAGAUUGUCUUUAUUUCUGCAACUCUUAAGCAACUCUCUCUCUGCUCUUAGUUUUGUGGGUGUCUUCGCGUAUUUCAAUACAUAGAUCAUCAUUUCUCAUGUGUUUUGGGGAACCGUGAUUACUUGAGAUAUGUACAACCAAGUAGGAACAUUCCAUAACUUGUUCAAUGAGAUUAUAUCAUUAUAUAGAGGUUUUUGAAGUAGAGAUAGCCAUGUUCAUAAUUUACAUCGCUUAAUAGAGUCUGUGUUAAUGUUUUGCAGGCCAUCCUCUGAGUAUGAUCCAUUUUAUAUCAUAGGUUUAAAAUCAUCACUUCUUUAAUUAUUUUUUCUAUUAUCAUGUUACACAAAAAUGGGCGCUUUAUCAGGUGCCACAUAAUGUCUUCGAUUAAUUCUUCUCUGACCUCUAAUAUUUUAUAUUGCAUUUAUGAUUUCAGCUGAUACAUCUCUUACUAAAGUUGUGUGUUUUUGGUUUCGUUGAUGUUAAACUCUGCUAGAUUACCUCCACGUUGGAUUCCUAUUCAGCUUUGCUGUUGAUGAAUUUAGUUUUCAUUCUCAUUUUCUAUAGAUGCUUUGUACUUUCGGAUCUCAGUGAUUCUAGAUUAUAUUUUCCAAUGAAUUUGGAUGGCUUUUUGAAUGACCGGGGUCGUUCUGAUAAGAUCUUGCAUAAGACAAGGUUAUAAUCCGUUCCUAUGUUGGUAGAUGUGAGUGUCUAACAUUUAAAUUAAUAGUGUCUUCUAAAGACAACUAGAACUACAUCGAUGCAUUAGCACUUAUGGAAAAGUAUUUUUAAACGUUCUUUAUAAAGAUAUCAAAUAUUAUAGAUAAUGUAGCAGCUGCAUUUCUUGAACUUCUUAUUAUGCAUGAAUGCUCUCUUAAUGGAAAGAUAUGUUCAAUACAAUCAAAUCUCUCAGUGCUAGUAUGGAUAGAGCUAUCGGCAGCCUUAUUAUUGCAAGAUUUUUGUUUUGCCCUGAGCAAUUAUUACUAAAUAUGUUGAGGUAUUUCUCUAUUAAGUCAUAUAGCAAGGACCUCAUGGUAAACAUAGAAGUAUGAUCCUGCCUUCCUUUAAAUUAUGUAUACAGAAUUCAUUGAUUGUUAACUAUGUAUAAAACACAUCUUGCACAGGAAUAUAUAGUAGAAGCAGAGUUUUAAAUUCUUUAGUAACUCCUUUUAAAGCAGUGUAAAACUUUUUGCUCGUUUUUUUUGUGAACCAUUAGCUCAGCAACUGAAAGGGCCCACCUUUUGGCAUCAUCUCUUCUAUUUGAAGUCGUAAUCUUUAAAUGUAAUUCUUUACACUUCAAAGAUGUAUCAAUUUGCUGUCACCUAAGUUUCAGAAGAAAGUUUCGCAGACGAAUUUGUGCUGAUUAUGGCAAUUAAUCUUUGAUUCUGGAUAAAAUGCAUCUAGAUAUUUGUAUUCUUUUCCUGAGAGAAACACUCUAUCUUUUACUAGAUAACCUUCAAUAUGUUCACGCACAAGUAAGUUAUCUUUCACUGAGAUCGUAAUUUUUGCAGUAGAACUCCAUUUAUCUCUAGGGCAGUUUUUGUGUGUAACAGUAUGACGAUUAAAGAAAGCAUUUUGACGGAUUUUAUCUUUCUUUGCUCCAAUAGUUACAAAGGGACGAUAUGAAAAUUCUCGCUCAUCUCCUUUCCCAUUUUUUUACGGCUUUAUGUGCUGGACUCGUUUUAAUUUGAACCGGUUGAUAUAAGUCCUGCUUAUCUUUAGUUUGCAAAAGGUAGAACUUAUUCAAAACAGACAUUCGUUAUUCAGAUAUGAUUUACUUGCAGGGUUGCCCGAUAACUUUUCCUUCUACCUCCUGACCCCUGCAGUUUCUGUAUACACGCUACAACGUCCUUUCAGAAAUAAACGAUUCAUUUAUUACCUUCUAUCUUCGAACGAAUCAUGUUCAUUGUUUAUAGUAACUUCCUCAUCACAAUCACUUUCAAUUUUACUGAUAUCAUCAUUCACUUCGCAACACCAUUUCAAUAAUUGUUCCUCAUUUUGGGUUUGUUAAUUUACACAUACAUACAUAACUUGCGGAUUUACGGUGUAAAUCAAACAUCUUUUAUUUUAGGUUUCGGAAUAUAAAUAACCGGCGAACCUCCAUUCACGAGUUUUUUUUUGUUAUGAAGUAAACGAUUGCUGUUGGUUCUUACUUACUAAGGUAGUGAAAUCUGGGAAUCCCCUUCCAUUAAUGCGGUAUAAAAAAGGUAGGUGAUUCCCCUCAGUAAACCAGGAAUGUAUCUUCUUUUCAGACAACAAUUUAGUAACGUACACCAUAAAUACCUUGAAAUACUUGAAAACAUUUCUCAAUUUUUGGAGUUAGAACUUUUAAAACCUUGUAAAACUAAAAUAUCGAUAUAGUUAUUUUUUUGUUACUAUCUCUAAUUUAUUUUCGCAAUUUGAAAAUCUCAGUGAUGAUCUGAGGAAUAAAAAAUCAACACCAAUCGAGUAGUUUUAGUAAAAACAUAUACUUUAGUACGUAUAUACAUAUUGUGUACUUUUUGUUUUACUUUAUGUUUCGUUUGACUGAUUGAGUAAAAUGGUAAAUUAUAAAGAAAAUGAAUGUCGGAAUGCAAUAAGAAAGUUAUGUAUAUCUGUAGAUUUAAGUAGAUCAAUAAAAGAAAAUAUAGAUUUAGUCUCUACAAUUGGGUCCACAACAAAACAUAAAUGAGAUUUAUUCUAUUUAAUGUAUAUCAAAUUGUGUAAAUGUACAGGAUUAUUCUAAUAAUGUUAAGAAAGAACCAACGCUGAAAAAAUGAAUUAAUUGAUGAUUAAUAUCAAAAAAUGAGAUAAAAUAAUUAAAAAAAAGGAGAUAUAUUAAAGCGGUAGGCUUAUUUGACCAAUUUUAUUUGUGCCUUGUAAUAGGCUUGUAAAAUAAUUGAAAUGUUUGUAAUGGUUGGUAAAACAAGUAUUCAAAAGCAUAGAUUUUUAACACGGUUUGAAGUGGAUUCGUGAUUUUUUUGCGAAUGACUUACCAUAUCCAUUUUUAUCAUAAGAAAAAAAAAUAUAACAUAAAUGUUAUUAUAAUAAUUAUUAACACCGUUUAGACUUUGUGGUAUAUAUUUAUAAAAAAAAUCGGUGUUUUAAUCUAUGCUAUCUUCCAUUUUUGAUGUCGUCUACACGUAUUGUUUCUUGCAAAUUACGUGCCAACAUUCGUUAUUACAAAAAAUAUAUAAAAAUCAUUUCGUUUUAAUAUAAAGUACUCGUCAGUGAACAUUAAAUAAAUCAAAGCUUUACAUUAACACGAAUGAUCCCCAUACAAUUAAUAUGAUUAUAUGAUUGUAAUAAAACGACUUUGUUUGAAUGUA